AUGCACGCCGAGCUGGGCGGGGAGGAGGAGCGCCUGGAGCGCUUCCGGCAGCGCUCUGAUGCGAGCACUGCACGUCUCGCCGAGCUCAAGGAGGUGUUUGCGCAGAAGCGCAAAGCGUACAUUGCCAGCGGCGUGCUUCCCGACCCCGCGCGCCCGGGGUCGCUCGAGGACGCCAGCAAGCUCGUCGGGACGUGUGCAGAGAUGUGCCCCGAGUACGAGCGCCUCGAGCGCGAGAUCCAAAAAGAACUCGAUCGGCUCGAGGUAUACCCCGGCACGCUGAAAGCGAAUCCCGCCGCGGCCGUCAAAAUCUACCGCCGCCCGGCCGCGGGGCGCGAGCUGCCGCUGCCGGAAGAGGUGCGGCCAGCAGACGUGUUGCGAAAGACGCUCGACUACCUGUUCCACGAGCUGCUGCCCGCGGAUCCGGGGGACGCGCAGUUUGCGCACGUCCAGCCGUUUCUGUGGAAUAGGACGCGCGCAGUGCGCCAAGACUUUAUCGUCCAGAGCGACACGGGGCGCGUCUCGAUCGAGUGCCACGAGCGCAUCGCACGCUACCACAUCCUGUGCCUGCACUGGAAGGGCGGGCGCGGCGCCGAGUCGUGGAGCGAGCAGCAGGAGCUCGAGCAGCUGCGCAAGACACUCCGCAGCCUGAUUGAGUACUACGACGACCAGCGCAUGGCGGGGCACACGUGCCCAAACGAGCCCGAGUUCCGCGCGUACAACCUCAUGAUGCACGCGCGCGACCCGGAAACACUGCGCGAAGUCGAGCUGCUGCCUACGCCCGUCUUUCGCGCCGGGCCGAUCCAGCUCGCGGUCGAGCUGCGCGGCCUCAUCCAGCGCUCGAACCUGCUCGAAAAGCGGGGGAACCCGCGCAACACGGAGGCGACACUCAAUUUUUAUACCAAGUUUUUUGCACUGCUCAGGACGGACCGCGUGCCGUACCUCGUCGCAUGCCUCGCCGAGAACCUCUUUCCGAGCGUGCGCAUCGGCGCUGUCAAGGCCAUGAUGCGCGCGUACAUGCCGCAGCACAUGGGACUCCCGAUCGCAUUCGUGGCUAGCGUGCUGGGAAUGGACACGCACGAGCAGUGCCGCGCAUUCCUCGAGAGCCUCGGCGUAGAGGUCGAGCAUGUGCAGGGCACGGACGUCGCGAAAAUCAACAAGGCGACAGUGCUCGACGAGGACAAGUCGUUUGUCGCGCCUUUCAGCGAGUGGGUCGAGGAAAAGAGGGGGGGGGUGCCGUGCCAGGCGAUUAUCGACGGAGGAGAGGCGAGAAAAGGUGCGCAUGGCGGGGGGGCUGCGGCGUCAGAACGGCCGGUUGUGCCGAUGCCCAAGCUGGCGCUGCCGCAGCGUAGCAUGCCAGACAAGGCGGCGCCUCCUCCUUUCGCCGUUUCGUCGGCGUUUGCCCCGCCGGCCGCGCGCGCUCCGGCGCCGACGACAGCGCCGACGCCCGCGUUUUCGUUCGCCCCGGCGCCGCCCGCUCCGGCUCGAGCGCCUGCCAAAGCCCCGGCUCCUGCCCGGGCUCCGGCUCCGGCUCCAACUGUGCCCCCCGCGGCGCCUAUUCGCGCACCUGCGCCGCCGCUCGACAAGGCACCACCCCCGGCCCCUGCGCCUGCGUCUGCGUCUGCGUCUGCGUCUGCUCCUGCUCCUCGAGCGACGCACCCCGCGCCCGCACCGCCGCGCCCCAAGGUGCCGCGCGCCCAACUCGCGCAGGGCCUUGCAUCGCACCUGUGCACCGACGCGGCCACGCAGGCCACGCACGACAUUGCGCACGAUGCACUUGCCGCCGAGCACCGCCGCCGCCGCCAUGCGCAGCGUGCAUCUCUGGUUGACCGCCUUGCGCAUGCCCUCGAGCAGCGCCUCGAGCAGGAGCCGGUCGACGAUGCGGUGCGCGCCGCGGCGCAUGAUGCUGCGGCACGCACGUUUCACCGCCGCGCCGUGCUGCGCCGCGCCUGCGCGCGGUGGCGCACCGCGCUGGCUGCCGCGCAGGACCGCGCGGUGCAAGCCGCGCGCCUCCGCGAUAUCCGCGAGCGGCUGCAGACGCUGCACGCCUCGGAGCAGCCCGUGAUCCAGCCCCGGCGGCUCUUUGAGACGCCUAAGCGGCGCGCAUUUGACACGCCCAAGCUGCCCCGCGCAUUCGAGACGCCCGAGCUGCCCCGCGCAUUCGAGACGCCCCGCCGCCCUCUGUCGCCGCUCGACACGCCCGAGCCGCGCAGCCAUCUGUCGGACCGCGCGCUGCAGACGGUCUACUCGGCGGCCGCGCGCCAGCGCGAGCGCCUGUGGCAGCGCGGCACGUUUGCCGACCUGCUCCUGCAGCACUUUGUGGUGCUGUCCGAGGACGCCCCGCCGCCGCCCGGCGCAACGUACACCGUGUCGCUGUGCCUCCCUGCGCCGAGCGCCGCGACACUGUGGCUGCGGAAUAAGCUCGAUCUCGACGACGACGAGUGUCUGUACGACGUGCACGAUGCGAGCGUCGCGCUCGCCGCGAGCGUCCGGCCGGAUACCGGCCUCUUGCUCUUUGCAUGCAGCGAGGCGCAGCUCGCGGAUGCCGCGCGGAUGCGGCAGGUGCAAGGGCGCGUGCGCGAGCGCCCCCGCCUUUUGCUCAUUGCGUGGACGCGGAUGCAGGUGCACGUCGUGUGCCGCGUGCUCGACCGCCGUGCGUGGGCGCAGGUGAACGUGAUGCUCCUGGACGAUGCCGCGUGCGAUGCCGACGAGGCGUUUGCCUACGCGAUCCACGGCCUCGUGCCUGCGAUUGCAUGGCACGAGGAAAGCACGCCCGCGCUGCGCCCCGCGAUCGCGCCGCUCUACGACGUGUGGCGCGCGACGGUCGAGGCGAUCGCAAAGCUCGACGGCGCGCCGGCGUUUGCCAUGGCGACCGCCCUGACGAACCUCUUUCUGCGGCAGGUCGCUGCAGGCAGCGGCACGGACGAGGUGCAGCUCGCGCUGCCGGACGCCUCGCCCUAUACCCCCCUCGCCGCCGCGCUGCACCAGCUCGACGCGCUGCCGUGGAGCGAAAACAGCGCGACGCGGCUGCUGCGCGCGCAGCUGAUCGAGGCGCCGCUCUUUUCCGUGGCCUGGUACCUCGAGCAGGUCGUCGCGGAAGUACUCGCACGCCUCGGCGACACGCCGUGCGUGAUCGAAGCACGCGACAUGGCGCAGCUCGAGGCGCUCGGCCAGCAGGCCCUGGCCGAGCUCGCCCACACGCGCCCGACGCGCAAGCGCCCCGCGUCCGACGUGCCAGUGACGCCAGUAAAGCGCGUCGCCCUCCCGUCCACGCCAAAGCCCAAAGCGGCGGUGCGCACCGAGAGCCUCGACCGCCUGCGCAAGCUCAUGGCGUCCACCGCGACGCUCCUCCCCUCCACUUCGAUGGAAAGCGCACGGGCGGCUCCGCCGACGCCGGACCUGCGCGAAGACGUGCUGGAAGAGACGAAGCACUAUGAGCGUUUUUCGACCGUGGACUGGGUCGUCGAUGGGCGCCGUGAGCGCGUGAAAAUGAUGCACCAAGAGGCCGAGGUACAGCGCAUCGCCGAGCAGGUGCACGAGCAAGGCUCGCUCGCAUGGCGCGGCCUCGACCUGCUGGCCGCGCGCCUGCCGUUUGGCGCGUACGUGCGUGGGGCGCUGCAGUCGAUCGGUGCGCUGGCAGGGCCGCUGCUGUACAAGCUGCACACCGCGCUCCUCUCCGCGGCCGAGAAUGGUGUUGUGGUGUUGGUCGGGAUCCUCAUUGGCCUUAAUAUGGCAAUGAUCAGCGUCGUGACCGAGUGGGUGUCCGACCUAAAGAUGGGCUACUGCUCCACGGGCUGGUGGCUCAGCAAAAAGUUCUGCUGCUGGGAGCAGAUGGACCCCGCCGGCCCCGGCGCCGCGUCGGUGCCCCCCGGGAUUGCGGCCGCCGCGCAGGCGACCGCGACGACGACCGUGAGCAGCGCACUGGUCCAGGCGACCAAGCUCGCGCUGCGUGCCAACGUGUCCGAGCCGGCGCCCAUUGGGCCGGUCGAGACGUGUGCCGAGUGGAUCGAGUGGGCAGAGUGGACGCUGCCGGCGUACCUCGUCUACAUUGUCAUGUCGGUGCUCUUUGCGUUUGUGUGUGCGUUUCUCGUCAAGCACUAUGCGCCGUACGCGGCCGGGAGCGGCAUCUCCGAGAUCAAGUGCGUCCUCUCAGGCUUUAUCAUCGACGGCUUCCUGUCGUUCUGGACGCUGGUCAUCAAGAGCAUCGGUCUGCCGCUCGCGAUCGCCUCGGGGCUAAGCGUCGGGAAAGAGGGGCCGGCGGUGCACGUCGCGUGCUGCAUGGGCAACGUCGUCGCGCAGUUCCUGCGCAGGCUCGUGCCGAGCCAGGCGAAGCUGCGUGAGCUGCUCACCGCCGCGAGCGCGGCCGGCGUCGCCGUCGCGUUCGGCUCGCCGAUCGGCGGCGUGCUCUUUGCGCUGGAGGAGAUGACGAGCCACUUCCCGGCGUCGACCAUGUGGCGCACUUUUUUGUGUGCGCUCGCGAGCACCGUCGCGCUCUCGUUCAUGAACCCGUUCCGCACCGGCAAGCUCGUCUUGUUCCAGGUCGAGUACUCGCGCGACUGGCACUACUUUGAGCUGGUCUUUUACGUGCUGAUCGGCAUUAUGGGCGGCCUCUAUGGCGAGUAUGUCGUGCGCUACAACCUGCAGGUGCAGCGCUUCCGCCGCAAGCGGCUCGCACAGCGCGGCGUCGAGGAGGCCGUGUUCCUCGCGGGGAUCACGGCGCUCGUCACCUACUUUAACCGCUUCCUGCGCCUCGACAUGACCGAGUCGCUCGAGGUGCUCUUUCGCCAGUGCGAAGGCGCGAGCGAGAACGACUUGCUGUGCCAGUCGCGCGUCCAGUGGUCGAUGGCGUUUUCGCUCCUGGUCGCCACGGUCCUGCGCUUUGUCUUGGUGAUUCUCUCGUACGGGUGCAAGGUCCCGGCGGGCAUCUUUAUCCCGUCGAUGGCCGUCGGCGCCACGUUUGGGCGCAUGGUCGGCGUGCUGGUCAAGGCGCUCCAGACGGCCUACCCGGCGUGGCGCCUCUUUUCGGCGUGCACGGCCGGCGAGCCGUGCAUCACCCCGGGAACGUACGCGGUGAUGGGCGCGGCCGGCGCGCUUGCGGGCGUCACACGCAUCACCGUCGCGGUCGUCGUCAUCAUGUUCGAGCUGACCGGCGCGCUGACGUACAUUCUGCCGAUCAUGCUCGUCGUCGGCACGGCGAAGCUCGUCGCAGACCUGCACGGCAAGGGCGGCGUGUCCGACCGCGUGAUCAAGUUUAAUGGUUUUCCGUUCCUCGAGCAGGAAGACCACGUAUUCGGGACAAACGUCGGCGCGCUCCUGUCCCGCCGCCCCACCGUCCUCUACGCCGACGGACAGACGCUCGCCGAGGUCGAGACAAAGCUCGCACACGGCGCGUACAAGGGCUUCCCGGUCGUCCAGAGCGAGAGCGACGCGACGCUGCUGGGCUACGCGUCGCGCAGCGAGCUGCGCUACGCGGUGCGCAAGGCCAAGUACGAGCGUGCCUUGCCGCGCACCGCGCGCUGCCUCUUCCACCCCGCGAGCUCAGAGGCGUUUGCGCUCGCGACGACGCAGCGCAGCGAGCCCGAGGUGGGUGCGGACGACUUUUGGCGCUUCUUUCGCCCGGCGCCGCAGCCGUACGACGACAGUUUUGCGGAAGAAGAGAUGGACGUGCCUGCACCCGAGGAGGAGCACGCCGAGCUGCCAAGCAUCGAGCUCGGGGCGUGGGUCGACCCCACGCCGCUGGUCGUGCAGCCCGACCUGGACCUGGAGGUGGUCGCGGACCUGUUCAAGCGCAUGGGUCCCCGCGUGAUCCUCGUGGCGCAGCGCGGCUUGCUCGUCGGCAUGGUCACGAUCAAGGACCUGCUCAAGCACGUCGCGAAAGAAGAGCACGACGAGCUCACGCGCGAGGCCGCGGCACUGCCGACGAUCGACGAUACCGGCGCCGAGUUUGGCAUCGGCACCGGCGAGCUCGAGCGGACCCUCGACGCGGUCUAUGGAUGGUGCGUGGGGCAGGCGGCGCGUGUGCCGUGGCCCGCGUUCCUGCGUGGGCCCCGGGCCAGCGACCAUGUCCCCCUCACGACCCUCUACGAGCAGGAGGGGGCGCAUCUCUAA